GAGCACGGGGUGACCCAGAGUGAGGCCAUGGAGCUGGAUGCCAACGGGAGGAAUGGGCUGAUGGUCGCCUGCUACAAGGGCUUCGUGGACAUCGUGCCCCUGCUGCAGAAGUGCCCCUACAUAAACAUCAACCAGCAGGACAAGGACGGGAACACGGCGCUCAUGAUGGCGGCCCAGGCCGGACACAUCACCAUCGUCAACCACCUCCUCAACUACUUCCCCGCACUCGAGGUGGACAAGCGAGACCCCCGGGGCCUGACGGCGCUGAUGAAGGCUGCGGUGCAGGGGCGGCAGGACUGCGUGACCGCCCUGCUCCUGGCUGGAGCAGACCUGCAAGCGGUGGAUCCCAUCAAGGGGAAGACAGCCAGGGAGUGGGCAGCCUUCACCGGCCGCUUCGAGACAACCGUGCGGAUCCGGAGCCUCCUGCGGCACCCACGGGCAGAGCAGUUUGGCACCCAGUACCGGCCCGAGUGGCCAGCCCUGGCCGAGCUGGUGGCCAAAGCCCUGAGCCCCAAAUCCAGGGGCAAGAGGCUGUUGGAGAAGGUCCAAUCCAUGUUCACCUUCAGCUUCCCCCAUGACCCUGAGGAGGACGGCGUGAUGGACCACAUGGUGAGGAUGACCACCUCCCUCACCAGCCCCUUUGUGGCCACCGCUUGCCAAACCGUCUGCCCCGACAGCCCCCCUGAGGUGGGCAAGCGCAGGCUGUCUGUGCCGGAGAUCCUUGGGCAGCAUGUGCCGGAUCCGGACACUGAGCCAGAACCCACCUCGUGCUCCGGCGCUGGUGCAUCCUCUUGCAAUGGCCAAGCCGUGUCGGAGAUCCGGCUCCUGUCACCGCCCCGGCCGGCCAGUGGCCUGCUGAGCUUCCUGCCCCUGUGGCUGCGGCGUGGGAACAGCAUCUUCCCAGGGGAGUCCAUCCCAAAAAUCAAAGUGAGCAAAGCCUCCUGCCCGCCUGCCCGCUCAAGGGAGUGGAGGCCGCGCGGGGGGAACAAGGACCUGCUGCAGCCGCCCAAAUGGAGGUACAAGGAGCUGAAGGAGGAGAAGAAAGCAGCCAAGGAGGUGAAGACUGAGGAGAAAAAGAAGAAACAGGGGAAGAGAUGCUAA